AUGUGAUUCCUCUGGCUUUAUUCUUCUUUCUCAGGACUGCUUUGGUUUUCUGGGGUCUGUACGGUUCCAUAUACAUUUUAGGAUUGUUUUUUCUACUUCCGUAAAAAGUGUCAUUGGAAUCUUGAUAGGGAUUAUAUUGAAUCUAUAGGUGACUGAGUAAUAUAGAUAUUUUAACAAUAUUGAUUCUUCCAAUCUAUGAACACAAAGUUUCUUUCCAUUUAUUUGUGUGUUCUUCAAUUUCUGUCAUCAGUGUCUUUUCCAGUAUAGAGAUUUUUUCACCCCCUUGGUUACACAUAUUCUUAAAUAUUUUAUUGUUUUUGAUGCUGUUAUAAAUGGGGUUAUUUUCUUUAUUCUCUCUCAGAUAAUUCAUCAUUAGUGUGUAGAAAUGCUACUGACUUUUAUCUGUAGAUUUUGUAUCCUGAACUUUCAUUUCUCAUGAAGCUAACAAAAAAGAGUGUUCUCAUCAGAAGAGUAUCAUAACUGAACUCUUAUCCUUAACUGAUUUUCCAUCUACUUCAUUCCAGUGCACCUUAUUUCUAGGAAAAAUCCAGACUUGAGAUUGAAAGCAAUUGCACAUGUUACUCUAGCUUCUCAUUUUGAGGGCACAGCACUGAGCUGUCCCUGCAGUCAGCUUUGAUCUCAUAACAGGUUCCCUUGUUGCCUGGGUUCCCUCUGAGCCACACUUCAACUCUGCCCAGUUCUAGUGUAUGUAACAUGGCAGUGUUUGGUCAUUCAGCUAGAAAACUGAUCUUUUGAUAACCCAGAUAUUUACUCUAAUAAAGUACAUGUCUGAAUUUCUGUGCCUAGGAACCAUCACACAUUUCCAGUGGGAAUAGAUACAUCCAUGACCCAAGGCAAGGGUCUUUCGAGGUCAUCCUGUGUCCUGCCAUGGUAUCUUGGCUGUGGGAUCAGAUAACUUGCCUCUUCAGUUCCUGUGUCUUCUAAUCAAGAUAGACUUAGUCAAAGGGCCUCAUUUGCUCCUGGUCCUGAUUUAAGUAAUAAGAUCCUGACUUCAAGCUGGUGCUGUUACAGGAUGAGAUUUUUGGAGGCCUCCACCCCAGUUGUCUCAUUCUUGUUCUACCUUGCUGGUUUUCCUCCUUUUGGAGUCUUCUAAAUGUUGAGUUUCCUCCACUGAGUGUAGUGGGUUCUCUUGUAUUUCUCUGUAGCCUCUUCCUUGGUGAGCUAUCCAUUCCACAUCACUUGUAUUCUUAUGACUUCCAACUUUUUAUUUCCAGUCCACACCUCUCCUUAACAUUCCAGCCUUAAAAUUCCAUUUGCCAACUAAACAUCCACAUUUGGAUGUUUCAGGCAUCUUGAAUUUGAUUUCUUUCUUUCCCUUGCUGUUCAUCACCACCAUCAAUUCAUUCAAAUGGAAAAAUCUAGCUAAUUAUCUCUAAAAUUACAGCUCAUAAUCCCAUCUUCAUCUUCAUCAUGCCCCUGUUAUCCCCUGGUCAAGCCACCAACAUUUUUCACCUGGAUUACCAUAGUUAUGACAUCUUAACUAUCUCUUCUCCUAUAAUCUUACUUCUCUCUUGUUUAACCUCCACUAGGAAACAUCAUCAGCCAAUAGGGUUUAAUUGGCAUAUAGGGAACACUCUAUACAACAACAGCAGAAUGCUUUUUCUCCUGGUACCUACGGGACUCUCCCUGCAAUAGACCACAUUCUGGGCCAUAAAAUACACCUGAACGCAUUUUUAAAAACUAUAAUCUUGCAAAAUAGGUUUGCUGAUCAAGAUUGAAUCAAACUACAAAAGAUAAGGGGAAAAUCUUUAAACACUUGGAAAUUAAACAAUAAGCUUCCAAAUAGUUCAUCAGUUAAAAAGAAGUCUCAAUAUAUAUAUAUAUAUAUUUUUUUUUAGGUACAAAGAACUGAAUGAAAAAUAAAACAUAUCAAGCAUGUUAGAUAUAGCUAGAAACGGUGCUGAGAGGGAAAUCACUAAAUACCUACAGCAGAGAAGAGGGAAAAGGUCUUAAAUCAGUAACCUAAGUUCCUACCUCAAGCAGUCAGAAAAAGAAGAGGCAAAGGAAGAAAAUAAUGAAGAUAAUGGCAGAAAUAAGUGAAGUUGAAAAUACUGAAACAACAGAGAAAAUCUAUGAAUAAAGAUCUCAUUUUUGAAAAUAAAUCAAUAAAAAUGAUAAACUUCUAGCAAGACUAAAAAAGCAUGGAAGUAGAUGGGGUAAAAGACACACAUCUCCAAUAUUAAGGAUGAAAUGGGAUAUCAAUAUAGAAACUAAAGUCUUCAGAAGGAUGCUCAGGGAAACUACAAACAACUUUCUGCUCAUAAAUUUUACAACUUGGAAAAAAAUGGAGCAAGUCCUCAAAAAACAGUAACUACCAAAAUUCAACCAAGAUGAAAAAUAGGUGAUCUUAAUAGUAAAAAUAAUAAAAAUUGAAUCCAUAAUUUAAAAGCUCCUGAGAAAGGAAUCUCUAGGUCUGGGUGGUUUCAUUAGAGAAUCUAGCAAACAUUAAAGAGCAGACAGCAAUUUUACAAAGCUGGAAGCAACUCCCAUGUCAUUAAACAGAUAAAUGGUUAAACUGUGGUACAUCCAUACUACGCAAUACUACUUAGCAAUAAAAAAGAAUAGUCUAAUGCUGCAGUUGCAGCCUGGACGAAUCCAAAGAAUUACGCUGAAUGGAAAAAAACAAUCCCCAAAGAUUACCUUUGUAUGAUUCAUUUAUAUAACUCUUUUGAAAAGACAGAGUUUUAAAAAUGUGGUUGCCAGGGUUAAGGAUGGGGAGGGGGCACAAUAAAGGAGGUGGAUGUGGUUUUAAAAGGGCAGCAGGGGAGAUCCCUGUGGUGGUGGUACUCUUCUGUAUCUUGACUGUGGUUAUAGAGAAACAUACACAGAUGAUAUCAUUGCAUAGAAGUACGUGCAUGAAUGUAUACUAGAGAAGUCUGAAUAAGAUUGGUGGAUCAUAAUUGCCAGUAUCCUAAUUGUGAUAUUGUACUAUAGUUUUGCAAAAUGUUACCUUUAGGGGAAACUGGGUAAAGAGCAUCACAAGGUCUUGCUGUAUUAUUUCUUACAAUCGCAUGUGAAUCUACAAUUAUUUCAAAAGAAAAGGCCAUUCUAAAACAUUGAAGUUUUUAAAAUUUUAUUUGUGAAUAAGGGCAGACAAAUUGGAUACCUAGAGAAACAGUUUGACAGGUUCUUCAAAACUAAACAUACCACCACAAUACAGAAACUGUCUCUUGGGUACCAGUCUUUUGACAGAUACAUGUUUUGUAACUAUUUCCCCACCAGUUGUGCCUUUUCUGUUCAUUUUCUUAACACUGUGUUUUGAUGAGAAAAAUAUUUUUUUUACUUUAAAUUCUAAUUUAUCAAUUGUUUUCUUUGAUGGAUGUGGCUUUAUGUAUGUUUUUAGUGUCCGGCAUAUAAUGUGCACUCAGUAAAUGUAUUUUUAGUGAAUGAGAGAGAACUUAUUAAUUUUUUUUAGCAAUUUCUUAUAAUUAUAUGGAGAAAAUGAUUUCAAACCAUUAUGAUGGAGCUUAGUUAUAACAUCAGCCUUGAGUUAAAACUCACCAAGACCCUCUAAAUACAGUCCCUCCUGGGCAUCAGUUACUAUCCUUCCUGUUUCCAAGAUUUCAUGAGACAGGGGAUGGGCAGUGAGCACGAUGCUGAGCCGGUUCCCUGAGCCCCUGGCACAGCCAUGGACGACCUGGAUGCCCUGCUGGCGGACUUGGAGUCCACCACUUCCCACAUCUCCAAACAGCCCGUGUUUUUGUCUGAGGAGACCCCCUACUCGUACCCAACUGGAAACCACACGUACCAGGAGAUUGCUGUCCCACCCCUUGUCCCGCCUCCCCUGAUCAGCGAGGCCCUCAAUGGCACAAUUCUUGACCCCUUAGCAUGGCAGCCCAGCACCUCCCGAUUUUUCCAUGAGCAGCCUCAGUCCCCGUCCUCUGUGUACGGCUCCAGUGCCAAAACUUCCAGUGCCUCCAUCCCCCAGGAUGGCACGGGCCCUCCGUGUUCCCGAGCCGGUGAGGAAGAGCACGUGUACAGCUUUCCCAACAGGCAGAAGUUGGCCAAGCUGUCACCCACCGUCAUGAGCUCCUCCUUGGGCAGCAACCUUCCGGAACUCGACCGCCUGCUACUGGAGCUGAAUGCAGUGCAGCAUAACCCCCCGGGCUUCCCCACAGAUGAGGCCAACUCAAGCCCCACGCCCGGUGCUCUGAGCUCCCACUGUGGCAUCCCGGAGAAUAACAGCCCGCUGUGGGACAAAGCUGGGCCGCUGACCAAAGAGAGGCCCAAGCGGAACAGGGGCCAGGACCUGGAGGACGUGCGGCCCAGCGUGGAUCUGUUGGAUGAGCUGGAGAGCUCCGUGCCCAGCUGUGUCCCCACCAUCACUGUGAACCAGGGUGAGAUGGGCAGCCAGCAGCAGACACACAUCUCGGCCUCCUCUGCCACCAGGGAGCUGAAUGAGCUGAUGGCCUCACUGUCAGAUUUUAAGUUCACGGCCCAGGGGAAGAUGGGGAGCAGCUCUCCCCCAGGGGGGCCCCCAAAGCCUGGGAGCCAACUCGACAGCAUGCCGGGGAGCCUGCAGUCUGACCUGAACAAACUAGGAGUCGCCACAGUUGCCAAGGGAGUCUGCGGGGCCAGCAAGAAACCCGUUGCAGGGCAGGUCGUGACUGCCAUGGGGAAAACAUGGCAGCCAGAGCACUUCAUCUGCACCCACUGCCAGGAGGAGAUCGGGUCCCGGAACUUCUCUGAGCAGGAUGGCUGGCCCUGCUGUGAAAAGGACUAUCACAGCCUCUUCUCUCCGCGCUGCUACUACUGCAGUGGGCCCAUCCUGGAUAAAGUGGCGGCAGCCCUUGACCGGACGUGGCACCUGGAGCACUUCUGUGCCCAAUGUGGAGCCUUCUCCGGGCCUGAAGGGCUCCACGAGAAAGACGGCAAGGCCUACUGCUGCAAGGAUUACUUCGACAUGUUUGCGCCCAAGGGCGGCAGCGGCGCCCAGGCCAUCCUGGAGAACAACAUCUCGGCCCUCAACACGCUCUGGCAUCCUGAGUGCUUCGUGUGCCGGGACUGCUUCAUGCCUUUCAUCAACGGCAGCUUCUUCAAGCAUGAAGGGCAGCCCUACUGUGAGCCCUUGUGCUCCUGCCCUCAGCCUCUCCACGAGCGGCGGGGCUCACUGUGCUGUGGCUGCCAGAAGCCCAUCCCGGGCCGCUGCAUCACCGCUGUGGCCAAGAAGUUCCACUUGGAGCUUUGUGCCUUCUGCCUCAAACAGCUCAACAAGGGCACCUUCAAGGAGCAGAACGACAAGCCUUACUGUCAGAACUGCUUCCUCUGGCUCUUCUGCUAGGCGCCCUCAUCCCUUCCUUGCACCCCCGUCCCCGACCCCGCCUCCCAACUGCUACUGUGACCCAGAGGCCCGGGGGUGGAGGGGCAAAUCCAACCGAAACCGGAACCACAUCCUUGGCUGCUGCA